UGGCUGCUGUGUCGCACGCCGGUCCCGCCUCUCCUUAGUGUGGGGGAAAGCGCCAUUGAGAGAAGCCGGAGCUAGUGCUGCUGCUGCUGCCGCCGUCGCCGUCUGGGAGAGCCAGGCCCGCCGCCGCCGCCAUGGACUACGGGGAAGCUGAAGACAGAGAUUGGAGAUUCCCAGAUACCCCCAUGCAUUGUGGUGUGAACAUGCCCAGUGGGUCAGUCUCAGACAUGGACCGUGAUUAUGGGCAUGGAGGCUAUGGUGGCCCACGAUCCAUGGACUCUUACCUUAACCAAUCCUAUGGGAUGGAGAGUCAUGGAGGUGGAGGCGGAGGAGGUGGUGGUGGUGGUAACAGGUUUGGACCUUAUGAGUCUUACGACUCCGGGUCUUCUCUGGGUGGGCGAGAUCUGUACAGAUCUGGCUAUGGUUAUAAUGAACCCGAACAAAGCCGCUUCGGAGGUAGUUAUGGUGGUCGAUUUGACAACUCCUACCGGAAUAGCCUUGACUCUUUCGGAGGUAGAAACCAGGGCGGGUCUAGCUGGGAAGCACCUUACUCCCGUUCAAAAUUGAGGCCUGGGUUUAUGGAGGACAGAGGAAGAGAGAGUUACUCUUCCUACAGCAGUUUUUCUUCACCCCAUAUGAAGCCUGCACCUGUAGGCUCUCGGGGGAGAGGAACGCCUGCUUAUCCUGAAAGUGGAUUUGGAAGCAGAAACUAUGAUGCUUUUGGAGGACCAUCAACAGGCAGAGGCCGAGGCCGAGGACAUAUGGGAGACUUUGGAGGAAUGCACAGACCUGGAAUUGUUGUUGACUAUCACAACAAACCCAGUCCUGCAGCAGUUGCUGCAAGAGGAGUAAAGAGAAAAAUGGUACCACAGUCAUAUAACAAACCUGCUGGGACAUUUGUCAAGAAGCCCAAAAUGACAAAACCUAUUUUGAAGCUGAGCCAGAAAAAAUCACCAAGCAGGAAGUCAUCUUUCCAGGAUUCUACGAUAGAGGAAAUUGAAGUGGACACAAGUGGUGCAGUUGUUAUAUAUGAAGACUUUACAAGAGAUGCUUAUGAUCUUGGAUAUCAGACUUUUGGAGAUGGCAAAGGAGAAGCUAAAAGUGAGGAAGAAGAAAAGCGCCGAAUUGAGGCCAGAAGAGAGAAGCAAAGGCGUAGAAGGGAAAAGAACAGUGAAAAAUAUGGUGAUGGAUACAGAAUGGCAUUUACUUGCUCAUUUUGCAAGUUUCGAACAUUUGAAGAGAAAGAAAUUGAGGCACAUCUGGAGAGUGCAGCCCACCAGGAAACAUUGGAUCAUAUCCAGAAGCAAACCAAAUUUGACAAAGUAGUCAUGGAAUUUCUUCAUGAAUGUAUGGUGAAUAAAUUCAAGAAGACAGCUCUGCGUAAGCAGCAGACAAGUAACCAAACAGAAAAUGCUCAAGCUGCUGAAAAAGAUAUAAUGGAAGGGGUUACUGCCGAUGACCAUAUGAUGAAAGUUGAGACUGUUCACUGCAGUGCUUGCAGUGUGUAUGUUCCUGCAUUACACAGUUCUGUUCAGCAGCACUUAAAAUCUCCUGAUCACACAAAAGGAAAACAAGCCUACAGAGAACAAAUAAAAAGAGAGAGUGUUCUUACUGCCACUAGCAUCUUGAAUAAUCCUAUAGUCAAGGCACGAUAUGAGCUGUAUGUGAAGGGUGAAAAUCCUUUUGAAGUGAAUGAUCAGGCUCCAGAGCAGCAGACAGAAGAAGAGGAGAAAGCCGAUGAACCAGCUGAGGCUGAAGAAGAAGAGGAGGAAGAGGAAGAAGAAAAUGAAGAACAAACUGACUUCACUUUAGACCACACUGAAGAUAACUAAGUGCAAGAAAAUGAAACUAUAUUAGGGGGGCAAAACAGCUUUUUAUUUCUGCUCUAAGAGGGCUCAGACUUUUUAAUAGUCUCCAAUGAAGUUGUUGAAGAUUCCCCACCAUAUGCAUGCAUUCCAUUCCAUGGAGAACUUGUUUAUGUAAUUCCUCUGUAUUUCUGAUUUUGUUUCAAACAAAAUCAAGAUUAUUUUAAUUGAGCUUUUUGUAGAAAACUGACUGUUAAAGCUGAUUAAAGCCCUGUGUUGUAUAUUUUUUUAAGCAUUCUAUUUUUUUUGGUGUGUGUAUUGAAAGUUGGAUAUAAUAAUAAUUUUUGGUCUAAUCAGUUGACAAGAAAGGCAGGUCUGUGGGGUAAAUAUAUUACAUGCCCUAUGGCAUAAGCUCAUUAUUUACCUCUUAGUACAGAAUGAAUAACUUCAGAAAUUGUGCUGUUGAGUGUGGCUGUUUUGGGGACUGCAUUGCACUCUGUAUAAUAGAGUAUGUGUUAUCCUAUGCCUUGUAGCUUUUUUUGUGAUAUGAUGUACCAAUUUGUAGCAAUAAAACACUUAAGAAAUGUUA